CUGAGCCCUGUUGCUAUAGCAACUUCCCAGGCACACACUGCCCCUCAAGUCAGGGAAGGGCUGCAGCGGGGUCUGGGGCACAGGCGAAGAGGAGGAGGAUGUGAACCCCUGGCUGUCCCUGGAAACGCCUCCUGUACAGCCCCGGGCUGGGCGGCCUGGGGAAGAGCAGAGGGGAUCGGUGGCCCAGUUCAGACAAGGGAGGCUGGUCCACCCAGCAGGGGGGCCAGCUCAGAGAGGGGUAGUGGAGCGGUCCAUCCCAGUGUGGGGGUUCAGCUCAGACUGUAGGAUGAGCCAUCUCAGUGUUGGGGUCCAGCUCAGAAUUGGGGUCGUUCUAGCCCAGUGUUGGGGUCCAGCUCAGAAUGGGGGUCGUUCCAGCCCAGUGUUGGGGUCCAGCUCAGAAUGGGGGUCGUUCCAGCCCAGUGUUGGGGUCCAGCUCAGAGUUGUGUCAUUUAGGUAAGCCCAGAGCAGGGAAUCCAGGCUCCACAGGAGGAAUCAGCCAGCUUCGAGUAGGGGGCCCGGCCCAGGCUGGGCAUUCCUGCCCCAGAAUUCCCAGGACAGCCAGAUUUCAAAAGGGCAGAAGGUCUGAGAUUGUUGUCUGGAGGAAGGGGGUUCUGAGGCUGGGCUCCUUCCGAGGGAGACUCCAAGCCCCUUGCCCAAAUUGAUAUUCUGCUCUUGCAAUUCCCUAUUCCCAGGGCGAGUUUCUAGAUUUCUGACUUCUGCUGUGGCCCUGGCUUUUCAAGGGAUGUCAAGGAGUUUUCUCUAUGAGCCCAAAUGGAAUCUGGACCAGAGUGAGAGCUGGCACCCCCCAUGUGGAAGAUGUGGGCAGGGCGGCAGGCUGUACAGGCCAGCAGCUGGCUGGGUUACCAUCCUCUGCCACUUCCUGUUGCUAGCAGGGGUCCUGGGUGCUGGGCAUACUCAAAGAGGCUGCCACUGACCCUGUGCUUCUUUUGGGAUCUGGAAAGAAGGAGGAAGAUGGUCAAGGCUGCCUCCCCCUCCCCCACCCCUGGGUUUAGCCGCUCGUUUCCGGUUUGGACUUUCAUGGCCGAGAGUAGAGCCAAGCACAGGGCAAGGUUUGAGAGAGGCCAAGGACAUCCCGGGAUGCCUUUCCCCUCUCCACCCCCGCAUAGGAGCAAAACAAAGAGCCAGAUGUACCCAUUUUCUCUCUCAGGAUAGCAGGAUUUGGGGGUUCCACAUUGAAAGGGAGUUCAGGGGAGGAGGCAGGGUGGCUCUUGUUACCCCCCGCCCCAAGCCUGUCUCUCCAGCUGUUCUUUCAGCGAAUUUUAAAGGAGCUCUGGGGCGUCUUUAGCCCCCAGGGAGUCUCUGGCUGUUGCCUGAUCCUGAACCUUAACUCUUUACCCUCUGCCCAAUGGGCACUGCUCUGGGCACAUCAGGCGCUGUCCUCUGCACAGUCCAGUGCCCACUGAGGAAAGCAGGGCCUGGCAUCCCGGGAGCAGUGAAGUCCCUGGAAAGGGAAGUUAGUUUUAUCGCCCCGCCCUGGGGCACGCAGGCAGCCAGAGGGACACCCUCGGGAGAAUCUUCCCAUCGCCUCCUGCCAAGGAAGCCCUCUGCAAACCUUGGCCAGCUUGGAGCAGGUACCUUUAAAAGCUUCUGUGGCAACCAGCUCCUCCUCCCUGGUCCCCUGAGGCCAUCCCAAGGAGGCUGACUUAGAGGCUCUGCAUUUUCCUGGUUUCUCAGCAAAAAGAAGAUUCCAGGGAGAGCCCGGGGGGCCGGGGAUGGAUCUGGGAUCAGGCAGUAGCCAGGGUGGGGACUCGGAGACCACCUUCCAGCUGUGGCUGCAGCUGCUCCUCUGGGCCCACCUGGCUGUACGUUUCCUGGGCUACCUGCACCACACCUUCUGGGGGCCUAAGCCACAGCCAGCACCCUGAGCCUCCCUGGCCAGGGGGCAGAAGGCCCCCAGAUCACCCCAUCCCACCCACCCUUUAUUCUACCCUUUGCUGGAAGAGGCAGGAAGCAGAGGUGAGUGUGGGGCCUCUUGAUUGAGGUUACGUGCCCCUCCCCGCCAUCAUCCCUCUCUUUGCCUGCUCCUCCUGGCACUGGCCUCCCCCAUGCCCCAUCCCCAAAUCUGACAAGCUAACAGGGCUAGUGGCACGAGAGGCACAGAGCCUGGGCACUCUGGUCCUUUGAGAAGCCAGAGAAGGGCCAUGCUAACAGUAAGGCACCCUGUGGAGCUACUCCGUGGG